ACAAACACAAAAAACUCACUUCACGGUUCUCCUUUUGCUCCGUUUUCUUGCAAAGUUUUGCCUUUUGGUGUAGUUGGGUUUUGUUUUAGAUUUUUUCAAAAAUGAACAGUAACUUGGAGACUCGAUCAUUGCUCCAUGGCUUUGACAAGGGAGGUUUCUUUGAUUUGGGACAUCCUCUUCUCAACCGUAUUGCUGAAAGCUUCGUCAAAGCUGCCGGGAUUGGUGCUGUUCAAGCGGUUGCUCGUGAGGCUUAUUUCACUGCUUCUGAAGGUGCAAGUGGAGAUAGUACCAGCAUACCACCAGAGAUCACUGGUCCCAAGAAUCGAUUUCCAGACCUUAGAGGGGAGACUAACAGAAAGUCAAUUGAGGCCCUGGUAAAGAGCACCGGAAAAGAGUCCGUUCAAUGGGGACUAGCUGCAGGGAUGUACUCUGGUCUUACUUAUGGAUUGAAGGAGGCUCGUGGAGUUCAUGAUUGGAAAAAUAGUGCUUUGGCGGGAGCAAUAACUGGUGCGGCUUUGGCUUUGACACUGGAGGAUCGUUCUCAUGAACAGGUGGUGCAGUGUGCUAUUACAGGAGCAGCUAUCUCUAGUGCCGCGAAUCUGCUUACAGGAAUAUUCUAGGAUGCUGAUAGUAGAAUUUGUUUAACUGGAGACUUGUUACUACUUUGUUUCAAUGGCACUGCACUAGGCAUUUUAACUUUUAUAUACAUGGAUGAUGCUGCUUUCGAGUUGAUUUUGUGGCAUCUUUUGUGCUUA